UGGGACGCAAACACUGCCAGCUACAGCUGUAGUACAAUCGGCUGGGAACGCUUACUAUGGCUUAGGGCAAUUCCCCGUUCUCUCCUCACGAUUUUUGGCUUACUUAAAUCCUCAAGAAUUCUCAAUCUUCGGCCUGACUAGAGUUUACAUCAAGUUGUUGUUGGCCAGGGUUGACUCUGGGACAGUGUUUGUGUUCUGAUCAAUCGCCACGAGUCGUAUUCGGGCUCCACCGCUCAUCCAGCUAUUGACACGCCAGCAGGCGUCAACAUCGAGGCACAACCCCGUUCCUUUUGUUCUUCAACGUUCAUCAUGUCAGAGGCGCUUGCCAUCGAUGCUCAGUCUCUAAGAAGAACUCAGUCGACUGGCGAUAUCCACCCACCGCCAAGAGCCCGCCUUUCAACGUCACAUCAUCACUCCGAACAGGAAGGGAGGAAUUUCAAUGUUACUUCGUCACCAAUUGCGGAAGGGACCGCCGAAGAUACUCCCCGCAACCCCUGGUUCACGCCCAGCACGACAAUCCCUACAGGGCAACAACAAAGUAGAAGAUCUUCAACUUCCACUUCUCAACCACACCUUUCCUUGAUCCCGAGAGUUAAAGCCUUCUUUGGGAUUGGUCCUGAUGCACCAAGAACACGUAAAGCUCUCGUAUCAGUUGUGUGGUCGUUGACAUAUAGUUUCAUUCAAGUUGCGGCUAUCAUCGCCGUGCUGGGUGUAGCCUCUGUAGUUACCAGCCCGACGGAGGCAAAUGUCCGUCAGAUCGAUUCUUGUGUGCGACCGCUCGUUGCCUGGAAUUGCAUUUGGAUAGUGAAAGUUUGCUUGUCAUCCACCCUGGCGUAUUGGAAUUUCGUUAGAAUUCGAAAGGCGGAGCGUACAGUGAGAUCAGGUGAUACCGAGUCCGGUGAUCGUUCACGAACGUCCAAUGAUGGGGGACCUCAUCGUAACGACCCCCCAGGCCGUCGUCGACAGAGAGAUCCUCAUAGACGGGCCAGGAAUACAACUUCAGGUAGUACUCCAAAUCAAGAAGAGCCAACACCACCAUAUUCUUAUCUUUAUGCGCGCUUGUCACUCCUUUCAUCCAUGCUCACUCUGACAUGGUUCCUAACUGCGCACAUUUUGGAAUACACGUCCGUUAACUCAUGUCGACUUGCUUCGCCUCUCGUUUGGUGGCUUACUUUUGGGAUUUUGUGCACAAUGUAUUUCCUGGUUCUCGAGGUCUUGGUUUUCGGUUUUCUUGUUUUCAUGGUUUUGCCUUUCAUUAUGCUUUUCUACAGUAUUAUCCUACUAUGCCUGGGUCGCCACCCACUCCAGAACCCUCACUAUAUCAAGCCCGAAAUCGAUAAGCUUCCCAAAGCCAUCGUCGAACGUAUUCCUCUAGUCAUCUACAUACCUCCUCCACCAGAAGACGAUGGAAAGGCACAACCGAUCUCUCUACCAAAACCUGUGCAUAGCUAUCCACCCAAAGCACCAGCUUCGCGGACUCCAAGGAGGCGAUUUGCUUUCUUUCGCCGUAGAUCCAAUAAGUCCGAACAAGGCGGCGAGAUCCGUGACGGCAAGCAGGGCAUGAAGUCGGAGGUCAAAGAUCCAGAAACUUGGGAAGAUAACUGGGAGCAAAGCAAGUAUCCCUUUGUCCGAUUGGAGGGCAACCGAGCUGCCUGCGCCAUCUGUUUGAUGGACUUCGAGGAACCAAAACGACUUUCCGCUGCUGCAGAGAUAAGCACGAUGGAGAAGAGUGAAGAACAAGUUGCGGUUACCGCCGAAGACAACCCGCCCCGUCAGCGUGAGGAGGAAGUUGAAGUUCCAGUGGAACGCAUUACUGAAGAAGAAAGAGGUGGCCUCCCUCGCCUUGAAGAUGCGGGAGUGGGUCCACAACCUCUUCGACUGCUUGCGUGCGGUCACGUUUUCCAUAAAACAUGCAUCGACCCUUGGUUAACUGACGUAUCAGGCCGAUGUCCAGUAUGUCAGCGACCCGUCGAGCUGGAUGACACGGAACCAAAGAAGUCGAAGCGAGGACGUCGCUCGUGACCGUAUACGUAUUCGGCUUUCCAAAUUCCCCAAAUAUAUUAAUAGUGGUUUCAGUUUGUGGGUGGCGAACUACUACUGUAGGCACCGAUGUACAUCACACAUGGCAUUGUAUAUUCAUUGGACUAUUGCUCGCUCAUAAA